AUGCCCAUGCAUCUCAUGACAGACGACGACAACAUGGCCUACAAUGGCAAUUACGCCAACUCGUCUCGUCACGAGCAGCGGGAGCCGUCGCUGCAACAACAACCACAGCAGCCAGGGACCCAGCAGAACCGCCAACAACCUCAGGACCCACCACUCACAACUUCGCCAAACUUUGACAUCCUGGACUGGCAUCCGGCCUAUGAAUCCUGCCAACGUUACUUUCUCGACCACGCACAGCAUGAAGCUGGCACCCAGGCAUUGUGUGCUUUGAUCAAUAUCCGACUGCCUUUCCAAUGGCAUCAAAACCCUGUCAUCUCAUCAAACCCUUCACAGGUGCUAGGAAGCAGCCCUGGUUCUGGAGGCCCAUCUUUCAACUUUAAUCAAUGGUCACGACCGAACUCUUCGGCCAACGGUCGCAGCUCACAACCUACGCCCGCUUUUGUAUCCCUAGUCCCUUAUAUCCGACGUCUAGUCAUUACCGGAUUCGACAAGCCUGGAAUCUUGCAUGGCUUCUUUGGCGAUGCAUACCAAGCUGGCAUCACUCCCAUGCAAGACUGUGAACGCCGCAACUAUCUUUUCGCCGCCAAGCACGGUGGUUGGCGAACCUGCAAGAAGCAGUACGACAUGAAUCCCGAGGAGACAGUUCCUUUCCUCAAGCCGUUGCAGAGCAUUCGCGACGAGGAGUUGGACGCUGCAGAGAAGAGUUGGAGUUCAUGGUUAGCCAUGGAGGAUUGGAUGAUUGGUCCUCGUGCGCCUCAUGAAGAGACUGGACAGGAUCAAUCGAGUGAACGUUCUAGACCUUGGGAGCGUGCAGGGGGGGUUGCGGGCUACGACUCUGGGCUCCCAGAUGGCAUCUGA